AAUUAGGAUUCUUUGGUAGUUUGGUUCACACUCUCUAAUUGGUUGAUAUAAACUCCAAUAAAGAACUCACAAGAUUGAAUUCUACCUAAUUGAGAAUUUGAAUUUUUCUUUUUGAGUGAUUAACGGUGAGGUUUGCUAAUUUUUCUUUUUGAGUGUUGAGUGUUUGUAUUGCAGGUAGUCCAAAAUAAUAAUAAUAAUAAUAAGAUGCUCCGCCGCACCCUUAACAUCCAAAUGGGAGACAAUUGUGAUAACCAAAGGACCAAUAUUUUCCAUUCUAGGUGUUUUAUAAAAGGUAACUUAUGUUCACUUAUGAUUGAUAGUGGGAGUUGUUCAAAUGUAGUUAGCAGUUAUUUGGUGGAUUCCUUAAAGUUACCUUGUAUCGAGCACCCUAAGCCGUAUCACCUUCAGUGGCUUAAUGAAUGCUCAGAAGUUAAGGUUACAAAACAGUCCUUGAUCACUUUUAAGCUCGGGAAUUACGAGGAUGAGGUAUGGUGUGAUGUGGUCCCAAUGCAUGUGGCACACUUGCUCCUUGGACGGCCUUGGCAAUUUGAUCGUGAUGUUACACACCAAGGCAAGCUCAAUAGAUACUCUCUUGUGUUUAAAGGCCGAAAAUUCACUCUUGCUCCUUUAAAUCCCAAUGAUGUAUAUAAAGAUCAAUUAAAAAUGAUGAAAUUUUGUGAGGGGGUGAGGGAGAAAGGAAAAAUAAAAAAGACAGAGAGAAAAGAGGCUAGUAGUGAAAAAAGUCAAAAUUUAAAGGGCCCAAAGGUGAGUGAAUCCGCAAGUGGCAAAACUAGAGAGAAAAAAUUGAUUGGAACAAAAAAAGAUGUGCGGAGAGCCCUACUCAAUAAACAACCUUGUAUCCUUGUGAGGUUUAGGCAAAACUAUUUAUCUCUAUCUAACAUUAAUGGAUAUUUGCCUAGUGUGUUUCAAUGUCUUUUGCAGGAUUAUGUGGAUCUUUUUAGUGAGUCCCCUAAAGGUUUACCACCUUUACGUGGGAUAGAACACUUCCAUUGGCCACAUAUGAAGAAGGAUGUCGAAAAGUUUCUGUGGUUAUACAUGAAGUUUGAGUUGCAUUUGAAAAGGUUAACUCAACAACGGAGUUUCGACUACACUAUGCCCCCGAUGAGCGAAGAUUCGAGGACGAAUCUUUUUGAGGAAGGGGGGAAUGAUACGAGGCACAAAGGCCCAACCCAAAUUCUUGAAGGCAAGGCCCAAUAAGAAGAUUCCAAGCCCAAUCAAGAAAUCCACCCAUACUUAGUUGAAAAUCAGGCCAAAUUGUCAAAGUGGCCCAAGUUGUAAAGUUUUAUUUUUAUUUAUUUAUUUAUUUUUACUUAGUUUAAUUUUUAUGUAAAUAUUCAGUCCCAGAGUCCCAAAUAAAGACCCUUGGCUGAAUUUCCAUAUUAAAAUAAUUAGGAGUUUUUAUUUUAUUUUAGUUUUCUAAUUAGAUUAGGACUAGUUAUAAGGCCUAUUUAUAUGGAUUGGCCAGCCACCCUACAUUACAUUACAAUUACAUUGAAAAUUUCAGAUUUGAUUUGAGUGAAAAUUCUCUUUGAGUUCUCCAA